GUUUGAUGUCACGGUCAACAGGUGACUAUUGGCUUUUCCAAGUCCUGAUUUGGCUCCUGGCUCUGUCAAGUUUACGACUAGCAUAAUUUGAUUUUGUUUACACAACGUGCAACUAAAGUCAGGCUGUGUAACGUCGAUGAAAACGCUCAAAACCGAACACAGUGUCAAUAUCAUAAAGCUCUGCGAAACCUUCAGAAUGUGGCCCUUCUGGAGUAAAAAACCCACAGCGCCAGCAACGGUCCCUACGGACAAAAUUAUACCUCUUCAUAAGAUGGAUGAUACUCCGAUUUUCCGCUCAAUGGCCUUCUACUCAACCAUGCGUUUUGAUGCUGUCCUUGACCCCGAGAAACUUCGAGGUGCUCUGGAGACAUUGUUGGAGACGGGAGAUUGGAGGAAACUUGGAGCACGUCUCCGCCUCAAUGAUACCACUAAGAAGCUCGAAUAUCAUAUUCCUGCAAGUUUCAGUGCUGAAAGACCGGCAUUCAUUUACGUUCGUGAGCGGUUUGAAUGCAGGAUCGAAGAACAUGCGUUGGCAUCUCAGCUACCCAAGGCGUCGAUACGGCCAACUGUAAUGGCAGAUACAGACAGUUUUGAACCUCUUGUUAGGCUGCGGAAAGACGCACCGACUAGGCUCGAGGAUUGGCUGUAUACUGACGAGCCCCAGCUUACGUUGGCUAUCGUCUCAUUCGAAGAUGCGACACUUGUCACUGUCUCAUGGCCUCAUACCUUGAUCGACGCGGCUGGUCUAGCGUAUUUACUCAAAGCCUGGUCGGACAUUCUGAGCGGUCAUGUUGAGCGAGUACCAGCUAUUGCAGGUUUUGACACGGAUCCGCUUGAAACGCUUGGCUCGAAGCCAAUAGAGGAACACGUAAUGUCUAAAUGGCGAGUGAAAGGUUUUCAAAUCUUCUUGUUCAUCAUCAAUUAUAUACUAGACAUUAUUUGGUACCCAAAAGAGUCUGGACGAGCCAUCUGCAUUCCUCCAUCUGUAUUCCAGCGGAUCAAGGAGGAGUGCGCGACAUAUAUUUCGGCGGCUCAUUCUAUGCACAACGUCAAACUGACUGACGGCGAUGUGCUGUCAGCUCUGAUAGCUCGCCUUAUGUGCGUCAACCUGCCACAUAACAAUCGUACACUGUCCAUCGUCAAUGUGGUCGAGUUGCGUAGGCCUCUAGCCGAAGAUUUAUUGCUUCCUGGCAAGGCAUAUAUCUCUAACGCUGUCAUUGGGGCUGUUGCUUUGACAACGGUGAAGGAUGUCUUUACUCAAGCGCUUGGUGCUACGGCGCUGAAAGUCCGAAAUGCCAUCAGAACACAACGCACACGCGCACAAGUCGAGACUUUUAUGUUUUUCGUCCAAGAGGCUAAAGGUAUGCCGGUCUUGUUCGGUGACGGAAACAUGAAAAUGGUCAAUGUGACGAAUUGGACAGGAGCUAAGUUCUAUGAGACGGACUUUUCCGCUGCUAUCGUGGGUAAUAAUGUAGGGCCCCGUAGUGGGGAUACGGUCAGCGGCAAACCGAGUUAUAUUAAUGUUUCUGGCAUCUCGAACGAUUUCAAGCGGAGAGGUUCGGCAGCGGUGGUGGGGCGAGACGUGCUGGGGAACUACUGGAUUAUUCCUUGGAUUAAAAAUAACGAGUGGAAGAAGGUAGAAGAGUAUAUCUCUAGCCUGGAAUGAAAGUACAAAUAGGAGAGAGAUAUGGUUGGAGGCGUUGUUGGAAAAAGACUGCUUCUGGCCCGUCGCCGGGAUCCGGAUAGGCUUAGCGUCGCC